CCACUCCUCCUGUGCCUCUCUCCCUUCUCCCUCCCUCGAUAGUUGAAAAGGAGAUUCUAUUGCAGCUUCUUUAAUCGCCUCCCUCCUCUCCAUCCCUCCCUUCCUCCCUCUCCCUCUCGAUCUCGACGGCAGGAACGCGAACGAACGUAGAAUAGGGCGAAACAAGGGUCAAAGCGGCGAACUUUGACGCGUUCCCACAUGACCCACCAAGGGACAGUUUUAUUUUGAGAUCGAGUUAAUUUUCCGUGUGACAUUUUGUUGGAUCUAUAUAUAAAUUCAUCCUAGCUGUGGGAGAAUGGCGGAUGGAAAUUCAAGUUUCUGGGGCCCAGUGACAUCCACUAAAGAGUGUUGUGAGCAGAAUUAUGCCUAUUCUUCAUAUAUCGCUGAAUUUUUCAACACAGUAUCGAACAUUCCCUGCAUUGUUUUAGCACUGAUUGGUCUGAUCAAUGCCCUAAGACAACGAUUUGAGAAGAGAUUCAGUGUCCUUCACAUUUCGAAUAUGGUACUUGCUAUGGGAAGCAUGCUAUAUCAUGCUACCCUGCAACGAGUGCAACAACAAAGUGAUGAAACUCCAAUGGUAUGGGAAAUCUUGCUGUAUAUGUACAUCCUCUAUUCUCCGGAUUGGCACUAUCGCAGUACAAUGCCCACAUUCCUCUUCCUCUAUGGUGCUGUCUUUGCCAUUGGACAUUCAUUCUUCAAUUUUGGCAUUGGCUUCAAGAUUCACUAUGUGGCCCUCUGUCUACUGUGCAUUCCCCGAACAUACAAGUAUUAUAUAAACACUGCUGAUGCCUCAGCUAAACAACUUGCCAAGCUGUAUGUGGCAACCCUUGUUCUCGGUAGCAUAUGCGGGCUGUGUGAUCGCUUCUUCUGCAAGCAAAUAUCUUCUUGGCCCAUCAAUCCUCAGGGUCACGCACUAUGGCAUGUCUUCAUGGGUUUCAAUUCAUACUAUGCAAAUACGUUCUUGAUGUUUUGCCGAGCUCGGCAACUGGAUUGGUCACCAAAGGUGGUUUAUUUCAUGGGGAUUUUGCCCUAUGUGAAGAUUGAGAAGCCUAAAGUCCAAUGAGAUAUAUCAGAAAGGAGGAUUGACUUUUAUGUUCUCGGGGAUAGUUUGAGAGUUUUGAAACAGAGAUGGGGGCAGGCGAGCAAUUGUAUGGUUUACUUUUGCUCCUGUUCUUGGUAUUUAUUUGGUUACACUAUGUCAUCUACUGGCUUUUGCACUUAAAACAGGGAACGUGUACCAAAUUCAAUUUGCAUUUCUGUUUGUAGGAUGCAACUGCUCUGCUCGCAAACCAAAGCAUGUCUUAUGUAAAAGCUGUGGAUUUAGACUCCCAUCUUUUUUGGUUAUUAGUGUGUUGUUAGUUUUGAGUCUUUGACUGCUUUUUAAUGCUGGAGAACAGCCGGGUUAAUACUGAAGCAGGAUUUUGUUUUCAAUGACUACAUAGGACUACCCGCAUUGAAGGGAUCGGAGUUUUUGUA